AUGAUCUUACUCUGUAAUACCGUCUUUGAUAGAUUGAACUUUGGUCCAACGAAGCAGACAGGCGACUCGGAAGCAACGGCCCCUCGUUACUUAUAUUAUCGUCUUUACACAAAAGACGGCGCAAUCGAGUCCCUCAAUCCCAUCUACUCCAACGAUCCCUUCAUUAGCCGCGUUCUGCCAAAGUCCAUCACGCCCCCUCAUACCGCCCUAUCACUGAAGAAACAUCUGUGCAAGAUCGAAGGCGAGGCAGGAUCAAACGCCGUUUUAUUCGAAGCGCUGUCGAAUUAUGCUGCAAUUCCAGAUUCCACACGUCUCAAGCUUCGUGAUCACCUUGGCUUAGGCGUGUCAUCUCUCGAGCCCAUGGCUUUGGUAGUCGGGGCUGCUGAAGUUGAGAAACGAUCAAGCGGCCCUGAUCCACAGGCCAGCGAAAACCUUGACCCACACGAGACGCACUACAUAUAUUACCGUGUAUACGAUGAAGACGGCGAAGUGAACUCGAAAACAACCUUCGACAGAAAUGAUACCUCCUUGGGUCGCGUAGACACCUUAUCCGUGGCGCCACCUUACACUGUGGCCUCCUUAAAAUCCCGCAUCGCGAAAGCCGAAGACAUCGUAGACCGGGCGAUUCAAUUGUUCGAGGACACCGAUGGUGAAACCCUCAUGAAGGAAGCUGACCAGGCAUCCUUUCUCGCAGAGACCUUUCCGGGUUGCCUUGAAGAUGGCCCGUUAGCCUUCAUCUACGAGCCAAAAACGCUGGGUCAAGGAUCAACGAUGACAAGGCCGAUUCGAGGAAAAUACGAAUCCAGUCCUAAUUCAUAUAACAUUUCCACGUGGCAUGCCUUCAAAAAAGGAGAGAUUCUCCACACUAACGGGGUCAAGGUAACAAAACCAUACAUUUUAGAUGCUGGCAGAGCCCGUUCAGACUCAGGCAGCUAUACUGGUUACAUGGCAAUCAACUCGGCUGGAAAACUGGCAUUCGUGCAGAGGGGUAAGCGGGAUUUUCUUUGA